UGUCGCGUCAGCCAAGAAUGCACAUACAUAUACAUAUUGUGAAUUGCAGUGGUAAUACUUGCCCAAGAUAACAAUGAGAACAGGACAUUCAGACAGAGAUAAGAUUAUUUAUGUCCCCGUCAACUCUCCAUAUCUUCAUCUCAACCUUCUCAACCAGACGCCCGACACCUCGCCCUCUGCUUUAGUCGUAAUAUGAGUCGGAAGUGGGAUCCGCCGAAGUCCUCUUUAGACAAGGGAGUUGGUGGUCUAACCCUAGAAGACGUCAGCGAUGACACGGUGGCCACAUCAGCGCGAUACGUGUUCGAGGAAGGUCCCCAGACAGAGCCCCUGGUUCCUCCCAUCUAUCACUCGUCUACCUACAAACUGAAGAGUGUCGACGACUACUUAGAAAUACUAGAAAAAGGUGGCUAUAUAUAUUCCCGCCUAAACAACUUCACGUCAGACAAUGUGCAGAGCGUGCUCAACAACCUGGAGAAAGGGGAGGGAACUCUUGUUUACAACACAGGCAUGGCCAGUAUAACAACUGCUUUGUUCGGAUUCCUCAAGUCGGGUGACCAUAUCGUUAUCAACAAUCCAUGUUACGCAGGCAUCUAUGACAUUGCUAAAAACAUAUUCCCAAGGUUCAAUAUCGAAGUGACGUUUGUACCAGCCGGAUGUGACGUUGAUGAGUACCGGAAAUAUGUCAAAUCAAAUACUAGGAUGUUGUACGGGGAGACUCCGUGUAACCCUACUAUGGCCAUCCUGGAUUUAGAGGAGUUCGGGAAGUUAGGCCGAUCACUCAAUGGCGUUAUAACGAUGGUCGACAGUACGUUUGCCAGUCCGUAUCUCCAGAGUCCAAUCAAACACGGAAUCGACAUAUCUAUGCACAGCUGCACAAAAUACUUGGGCGGUCACAGUGAUCUAACGGCGGGAAGUUUGACAUUCAGAACGAAGGAUCUUUGGCAAGAAGCCAUACUGUACCAAACGACAUUCGGGAGCAGUUUGUCCCCACAUGAUGCUAGCUUGCUGCUUCGAGGCAUUAAAACACUUCCAAUACGAAUGGAACGUCACAGCUCCAACGGGCAAAAGGUGGCGGAAUUCCUGGAGAAACAUCCCAAGAUCGUGUGGGUUAUGUACCCAGGCCUGCCAUCACAUCCCCAGCACGCCGUGGCCAAGAAACAAAUGAAGCUGUUCGGAGGAAUGAUGUCAUUUGAGGUCAAAGGUGGAUUAGAGGGAGGCAGGACUCUUGUGGAGGGACUCCAUGUCAUCAUUCUGGCAGUAUCACUCGGAGGCGUGGGAAGUCUCAUAGAACAUCCGGGUACUAUGACACAUGGUCCCAUGCUGAUGGAUGAUGAAGACAGGCGGAGUGGUGGGAUAUCUGACGGACUGGUGAGAUUAAGUGUUGGGUUGGAGGACCCGGAUGAUCUGAUAAGAGAUCUACAACAAGCGUUAGAAAAAGUCGUAUGCUAAACAGGAUGUAACACACCAAAGCUAUAUACACUGUUACCAAAGCUAUAGACACUGUUUCGUAUGCUACACCGGAUGUAACACACCAAGGCGAUAAACACUGGUUCUGUUGUAAGGCUCUGUAGUAUUGUUCUGAUUAGGUUUGUCGUCCAAUCCAUUUGAUUUUUGUAAGAAAUGUACUGAGUAUAAGAAAGCUUAAUUAAUGCACCAUUGUUAUUCCGUUCGUUUAAUCCAGACUUAAUUAUAUUGAUAAUGCAAAACGAUAAUAAAUAAAGCAUUUUGUUAGAUGAAGUAUACUAUUUAAUUUUAAUGUUUAAAAUGAUUAAUAUUAUUUUUAUGGGUACAAAAAUAUAGAUCUGUCAUAGUGAAUGGAAAGUAAUAGUGUUAAUGAUUGAUACAUUUUUGUCCUGUAACGAUAUAUUAAUGAUUGAUACAUUUUUUUCUGUGUAACGAUAUAUUGAUAAUUAAAAUAAUAACUA